UGUAGAUUGAAGAAUCGCUUCAACGGACCUUGAAGGUAAUGGAAUCGCAGAAGAAAUCGAAAUUGUCUCUCAGAACUUGAUGCUUGAUUUGUAGAAUCAAAAGAUGAUUACGGAACGCAAGACUAUGCGAAAAACGGCAUUAUCUUCCGUCGAUGGCGGUGGAAAAAACAUCAGCGCUGGGGUUGAAGCAGUUAAGACCACCGACUCAGUAGAUCACUGGGAUUUUCUGGACCAAAUUGAAGCACCCAUGUGGGCUGAUCUCAGUAAAUGCGAUUUGACCAAUGAUGAGAGUAAUGACUCAUGGUUCGAUAUAAUCCAUCAGUUCCAUCAAUGUUCUUCAAGCCAGUUACUUUCAACAAUCUUCCAUCCAAACUCAAUAACCAUUCAAGAACCACCUUCUCCAAAACUCCCUCCUUCAGUCUCAAAAUCAAGAGGCAAAAACUACAAAACAAAAGCAUGGGGACAAAGAAACAAUCUUACUACCUCAAAUAACCAACAUCCUGUCAAAACCUUAACCAUGAAGUCCUCAAGAACCACAGGAUCAAGUAACAAUACAAAAGCCAAUUCCAUUAAAACCCUAAAUGUAUCUUCAAGUUGUGAAAGUGGUCUUACCAACAACACCUCUAGACCUAAACUUUCAAAACCAAAACCAAGUUUAUGCUCUUUUUCAAGCCAAGAACAAGAAAAGGAAGGCAGUGCAAUGAGCACUGUUACAUCUAAUCGAAAUGAACACCAUGAAAAGAAAGGAUUACAGGUGUCAAAGUCAAACCAAAGUAGUGAAUUCUUGACAUCUUUAAGGAACAAUCUUAGAAGAAGUUGUGCCACAAGGCCAGCUGUAAGGGUUGUGAGGUGUUCAGAAGGAGGGCUCAAAUCUUCUUCAAGAAAAUCAAGUGUAGCUUCUUCUUCCUCUUCAUCUUUGAAUCAGUGUAAAGAUGCACAAAACAAACCUAGAGUUUUCAAUGUGACAAAAGAGGCCCCUGCUCAAAAUGUUAGAAAUUUAACCAAAUCCAACAAACAAGGGAGUAUAAAUAAUAUACUCACUUCCAAGUUGCAGGUUCAACAAAAUCAAAUGAUUGGUAAAGAAGCUGAAAAAAGAGUUGGUAUUAAAAAAGUUGCAUCAACAAAGAUUGUUACUUGUCAAAAGGGUAUUAUAUCUAGUGAUAAAGGAGCUCAAUCUACAGGGAAUGUACAGAAGAAAAAUGGAAGUAAAAAGUUAAUUCCCCUAAAGGAAAAAACCAACACCCAAAACAGAGAUAAGGAUACAAGUCGAAAGGUCUACUUUCGGUAGCAAAAUUAAAUUCAACUUAAUUUUGUAAACUUGUUUUUUGUCUUAAAAAACUUCAACAAGAUCCAUUUAUGAUAAUGUGUUCUUCUCAUUUGUGAACCGAGUUUUGGGAUAUGUAUCCUUAAUUUCAU